CGAUUCAUAUAUGAAUUAUAUUUUCUUUCUUUGUUUCCUGAUUGAUUCGACGACGUCCGUACGUAGAAAUUAAUUAACUAAGAUAAGAUCGAUGAGCUGCAACGGUUGUCGUGUCCUACGAAAAGGUUGCAGCGGGGAGGAGUGCUUGCUGAGGAAUUGCCUUCAAUGGAUAGACAACCCACAAGCUCAAGGUCACGCAACUCUGUUUGUGGCCAAGUUCUUUGGUCGUGCCACUCUCAUGUCUUUUCUUUCCUCCGUACCCACCAACCAAACACCUGGUUUGUUCCGGUCUCUUCUGUAUGAAGCAGUGGGACGUGUGGUGAAUCCUGUUACCGGAGCAGUGGGGCUACUCUGGACUGGUAACUGGCACCUCUGUCAGUUGGGGGUUGACCAAGUUCUUCGAUCUGGUGCUGCUGCUGCUGCUGCUUUCACUCCUCCUCCUCAGCUGCCAUCACUUGAAGCUGCUGCAACUAGCUCGUGUCACCAACAACCGCCGCAAAUACCUUCCCACCAAUCCACCUUCCCUGCAACGUCUACCAACCCCUUUACACUAUUCUUCUGAACCACUAAUAUGAUUUGAUCAGAACCGGUGCACGGGAGAAGAAGAUUAAUUCAGGAGAUAUAAAUGUAUAAAAGUUGUAAUUACUUAAUUGUACAUGUUCUAUAUGUACUGUGAACCUUUCUCAUAUACUCAGUUCGUAAUUAGUAACAAUCGUUUAUUCACCUUA